GGUCUCCCCGGCACCUGUGCGCACCUGGACCGGCGGAGCGGCGUGGAGCUGUCAGCGGCAGCGGCAACGUCACGGUUGCCAUGACUCCGACCGGGCACAAGCUGCCAGUGACGUCACGCAGGCGUAUAAAGCGCUGUACCGGGAAGCGGCCCGAGCAGUCAGUGUUUAGUAAGACGGGAGACACGCGGAAUAGCAGUGGAUCGGAAACCGGAGCCGCGAUACCCCGAGCAGCCCAGUGACCCCCGGGACAGCUGCCCGUUACCCCCCGUCACCGGCCCUUCGCUUUGAUGCAACGCCUGCUCCACUGGGAUCCGGCAGCAUGUCUACCACCCCCGCCGGCCGUUAGAUCCAUGGAAGGCGGACACUUUUACUACGACCCCGCCACUAGUGCCACGGACGGCCUGGCCGGCUUAGGGGGCAAGUUAAACCGGAGGGGCAGAGGCUUCCCGGGCUCGGAGCUUGGCGAGCACGAGAAAACCAUAGACUUCAGUCCGUACCUGGAUCCUUCCACAGGGGCCGGCAGCCCGGCGGCGGUGGCCCUCGGGGGAGCCGGGGGUUACGAGCCUCCUUGCGGGGACUUCUUAGUGGAUCUGCUGUCUGCGGACGAUUAUAAGAGCGGCCGCAAGGGGGCGGUGCUGUACGGCGGGGCGGCCAAGCAGCACCCCCAGUCCGCGCUGCUCGGGUUCCCCCACAUCGGGGAGACCAAGGUGGAGCCCGUGCUGGAGUCCCUGGACUGUUACAAGAGCUCGUCCAAGGAGGCCCGGGAGGAGGCGGCCAUGCAGAGCCCCGGGGGCCCCUUCACCAUCCGCUCGUUUCUGGGGUACCAGGCGGUGCCCAGCGGCAGCAACGGGAACCUCUCCAGCACGUCCUCGGGCAGCCCGCCCGGCACCCCCAAUCCGUCCGACCGCAAGGGUGGCGGCGGGUACGGGAAGCACGGCGCGGGUGGCAGCAAGUGCAAGAAAUCGCUGGAUAAACACAGCGACGAGUACAAGAUCCGCCGGGAGCGGAAUAACAUCGCGGUGCGGAAGAGCCGGGACAAGGCGAAGAUCCGCAACAUGGAGACCCAGCACAAGGUCCUGGAGCUCAGCGCCGAGAACGAGCGGCUGCAGAAGAAGGUGGAGCAGCUGAGCCGGGAGCUGACGACCCUACGGAACCUGUUCAAGCAGCUGCCCGAACCCCUGCUGGCGGCCACGGGCCGGUGCUGAGCCGGGGCACCGGGGGCACGGAAUGACUCUUUGGGAGGGGGGCACGUGGAGAUACAGAUAC